GUGAAAACACAGAGGGGUGAGAAAACAUGUGAUUGAGUUAGAGAGAGCUCAAAGGUGCAGGGAGACGCAGAGGAGGACACAGAGAGAAGAAAACUCUGAGUGAGAGAAGAAGAAGCAGCAGCAGAGGCUGAAGUGUGACAGACAGAGGGAGGAGGAAGAAGAAGAAGAAGGAGUGCUGCUGUGCUGGGAGCAUGUCUCUGACUGGAAAGGUGGCUCUGGUGACUGGGGGGGCUCAGGGCAUUGGGAGAGCUGUGGUCCAGUCACUGCUGCAGAGCUCAGCCAAGGUGGUUGUGGUGGACCUGAACAAGGCCUGCGGUGAGCAGUGCAAGGCACAGCUGGACGCCGAGUUUGGAGAAGGAAACUGCACGUUCAUUCAGUGCGAUGUGUCCGACGGAGACGCGCUGCAAGAUGCCUUCCAGAGCACCGUGGACCAGUUUGGCCGUCUGGACAUUGUCAUCAACAAUGCUGGCAUCGCUAAUGAAAAGAACUGGGAGAAGACCAUCCAAGUCAACUUGACCUCAGUGAUAAAGGGAACCUACUUGGCACUGGAACACAUGAGCAAAGAGUACGGCAAGGAAGGAGGCACCAUUAUCAAUGUAUCCUCCAUGGCAGCCUUCCUGCAUUCCCCUCAUCAGCCUGUGUACACUGCUACUAAACAUGGAGUCAUUGGCUUCACCAGAGCUAUGGCGGACGCGUCCAUUCAGGACGACUACGGCGUUCGCAUCAACGUGCUGUGUCCGGCCUUCGUCGACACGCCUCUGCUGCACUCGGUGGAAGAUGAAGAAAACAUGGGCAAGUUUGUCAAGUACAAGGACGACUUCAAACGCAGCAUGACGAAGUUUGGAGUUUUAAAGCCAUCACUGAUAGCAGAGGGCAUGAUGAGGUUGAUCACGGACACCAGUCUAAAUGGAGCCGUGAUGAAGAUCACCUGCUCCAAAGGAAUCCAUUUCCACACCUAUGAGCCCAUGUCUGCCUGAGCUCCCGCACUCAGGACUGCACACCGCAGCUGCUGAAGGAACGAUGCAGCGCUUUAACCGCCCGACCGCAGCACACGCUCAGGACCACGCAGGCUGCUGCAGGAGCUUCUGUCAGAACUGCGUCUGUUCGGAUUCUAAUAAUUUAAUUGCCAUCUUCAUAACGUGAAAGCAUGAUCGUACUUAGUCCAGUGUUUCACCGCUAACCCAAAAUAUCCGACAAACCAAAAGGUGCAGAUCAGGUUUUUUUCUUUUUCAGUUAGUCUUUUGUGUGUUACAGGAAACACUGGACAUCACGGUGGUCCACCUCUGAGACGAUGGCUUCUUUGAUCAAGCAGUGUUAUUUAAAGGACUGUAACAGUUAUUAUUUUACAGCUGGUUUAUGUGACUUGCAAGCAAAAAAAUAAAUCAAUGCAGUUUUGUACAAACAGA